AUGCGGUCUAAAGUGCUCUGGAUUCUGUGCAGUCUUGUGCUCGGUACACUCGCACUUCCAGCCGACAAGGACCAAGCUUCCAACGAUGACGGUGGCAGCCAAGCAAGCAAGAAAGAUGACGGGGUGGCGAUAAAGAAACGUUCGCCCCUCAUGAUGCCGGGAAUGGGCGGACUGGGAAGUAUGGAUGAUCUUGGUGGUCUGGGUGGAGGUGGUCUCGGUGGCCUUGGUGGCGGAGGUUUUGGCGGUGGAGGUCUCAGCGCCCUCGGCGGUGGCCUCGGAGGCCUUGGAGGUGGAAUGCCGAACCUCCUCUCGAUGGCCAACCCAUCCUCCUCCUCGGCCUCUUCCGGAGCGGACAGCUCUCCCCUUUCUGGUUUGAUGGGUAUGGGCGGUCUAAGCGGUAUUGGCAACCUCGGCAGCGCCGGUAAAUUUGCCAGCUCUCUCUCUCGCACACGCGACACCACCAGCCCCUCGCCCAACGACGCUCCCGCUUCUACCCCCUCAACGCCAGGGUGUCCACCUUUAUACCUCAUCUUCGCCCGAGGCACGGCGGAGCUGCAAGGCACGUUCGGCAUUGUCGGCCGCCCGCUCUGCACCGGCCUUCAACAGGCGGUCCCAGGCACGCUCUGCUACGACACCGUCUACACGUCGGAUGCCGAAUACAUGGUCUCACCCGGCAUCGGCGCCAACACGGCCUCGCAGUUCAUCGCCAGCAUCGCCGCCAAGUGCCCCACCACAAAGUACGCCCUGGCCGGGUAUUCCAAAGGUGCAAUGGUUGUGCAUCGGAUCCACGCAAAGAACGUCGUGGCUGCCGUGACGUUCGGAGACCCGCUCAAGAUGCAAGCUGUCCAGAGCACCAAUGAUGUCAAGACGUUCUGCAAUCUGGGCGAUCCCGUGUGCGAGAACGGCAUGAUGAUCAUGGCGCAUCUGACGUAUAGCAUGCAGGACAUCCCGCUGGCGGUCCAGUUCAUCGUCCAGGCAUUCAAGUCGUCCGGACCAGCCACAAGGCGAAAGCGCAACUCGCGACGAAAGCAGGCAUCGCACGGCGCUGGCCCCUAG